GCACCGUUAUACCUCUAGACUUCCUACAAGAGACUUCUUAUCUCCGCUACCGCUACCGCUCUUGACGUGAACGAGCAAUCUUUCCAGCAGGCUGUCGACGCUGACUCACUGACCUGUCGUCUGCGCCCAUCCCUGCUCUAUAAUUCGCCAUACUAGAAAGCGAUUGCUUGGUGUGGGUGAAAGAGCUAGCCGCUUAUAAGUCACCUUCUUCCCAAGUCCGGCAUACGUCUUCGAUACAAGAGCAGGCACCCUAAAUUGGAUUGCCAUCACCUGUUUGAUUCAUAUCGUUUCAAGAUGACCCCCACACCUCCGUCUGCCGCGACAUCAUCCUCGGGCCACUCGCCCGAGGAGCAGUUUAGGGUGGUUCGUCGCCGAAACAGGGUACCGCUCAGCUGCUAUCCGUGCCGAACGAGAAAGUUGAAAUGUAACAGGGGAGCACCAAGCUGUGAGAAUUGCGUCAAACGGGGCGACACACAGUCGUGCGUGUAUGCUACUCCAUCGAGCCGGAGGAAGAAUCAAAGUAGUGCUGGAGCUUCUGCAACUCCCGAUGACAUGCAGAAUCGUAUUGACCGCUUGGAAGGUUUAGUGCUAAGCUUGAUGCAUGGCGGUGCAACGAUAGAAGCUCACGGUUCGUCAAACACCGUGCCUACAGUAUCGUCCGCGACAGACGGCUCAUCGGCAAAUAUCGAACAAGAUGAUGAAGAGACGAUGAAAGAUAAUGCUGGCGACGCUAGCGAUGGCGGCGACAGCGACAUAGAUGACGGGCUAGCCACCUCCCUAGGUGUGCUUAAAGUCGAUGCUGAUAAGGGAAAGUCCAUGUACAUUGGACAGGAGCAUUGGCAUACACUCCUAACUGACAUUGCCGAAGUCAAGAACUUUUAUUCUUCUCAUAAGAAAGAACUUGAGAAUAGUUAUGCUCAAGUUAUGUCCUCGAAGCCUGCGACAGCUCGUGACUCGCCUAUAUUCCUUCUAUCUGCCCCACCAGCAUCAGAAGUUGAGUUAAGAGCCGAGUUGCCUUCGAGAACAGCGAUAAUGACGUUGGUGUCGAGAUACUUCAACUCGUUAGAUACAGCAGCAAGUAUAGUCCACGGACCUACACUUCAGCAUGAGCUGCGAAAUCACUGGCAGGAUCCGUCCAAGUCAGGUAUCAUGUGGAUCGGCCGGCUCUACGCAAUGCUGUGUCUCGCAAUGCUUAGUUACCAUAAGGUAGGGGAUGAACCCGCUGAGUGGAAAGGUAGGUCUCUGGAGCUGGCUGCGGAAUAUCGAUUGCGAACAGUCCAGUGUUUAAUUGUCGCGGACUACACCAAGCCGGUCGAGCAUACCGUGGAAACCUUGUUGCUUUACCUUUUCGGUGAGUAUUCUUCACGCUGGGAUGCGGAACUUUCACUCUGGAUUAUCGUGGGCAUCAUCACGAGGCUGGCCUUCCGAAUGGGCUACCACCGAGAUGCAGACUGGUUUCCGUCGAUCACCCCAUUUCAAGGAGAGAUGCGAAGACGAACGUGGGCUUUACUACGCAUGGCCGACAUUAUAUUUUCGUAUCAGGUUUCUUUGCCUACAAUGAUAUAUGACCACAAUACCGACACAAAACUUCCGCACAACCUAUAUGAUGAGGAAUUUGGCUCCAAUACCAAGAUAUUCCCUCCAUCGAAACCUAUGACAGAACCGAGUCCUAUGGCUUAUAUGAUCAGUAAAACCAAACUCUGUAUAGAGUUUGGGAAUAUCCUCCAAGCGGUCACGAAGGUAGGUAAGCAAGCAAGCUACGAUGAUAUCUUACAUCACGACCGAAAGCUACGCGAGAUCAUGGACGAAUUUCCGCCACAUUUGAAAAUGCGUUCAUUGGAGGGGUCACACGACCCUGUUACCCUCAUAAUGGCAAGAUUUAAUGUAGAUAUACUGUACCAGAAGGUCAUGUGUAUGCUGCAUAGGAAGCACAUGAUACGUGCUCGGCAGAAUCCACGAUACGCUCAUUCUCGGCGUAGCGCGAUCGAAGCUUCGCUCGAGAUCCUAGGACAUCUGAUGACUAUAUAUCGUGAAUGCCAGCCCAAUGGCCGGCUUCGUUCUAUGAGAUGGUAUGUCUCAGCUACGUCAAAGGAUACAUUACUUCCCACAAUGUUGAUCAUCCUCGACCUCCACCAUGAUCGUCUUGCUGCUGCAUCUGGCAAGCGUCAGGACUCCCAAGCCGCAUCUUUUUGGACACCUGAGCAACGACAGGCGAUGAUAAAUGCUUUGGAUGGUGUUAAGGAGGUUUGGAAAUCGCUAUCUCAUGAGUCCGUUGAGGCCUACAAGGCCGCAAACAUCCUUAAUAUUAUGUUGGAAAGAUUCAAGGCCCCAGAACCGACCCCGGCUGAUGCGGGAAUACCACCGACCCCAUCCGAGAACCUUUUCCAAAAUUUUGGCGCUGAAAUGCUUCCUGAGCAUUCUGCAGCUGUAACUCUUGAUAUGCUCUCGAGAGGUUUAACGCCUGCCGUCCAGUCUCCUGGUGGGACAGCUUACCCGAAUCCAUAUCUAGAGACAAAUUUAGGAUUGGGAGCAGGACCUCCACCCGAAUUUACACCUGAUUUUGGUGGUGGCAUUAAUAACGCCGCCUCGCCAUUCUCUAUGUUUACGACUCUUGGUGGGGGAGGCAAUAUGGCAGUCGAUAAUCACUUUGACUGGGACGCGUUCGAGAAUUACGCUCAGACAGCAACCUGGGGACCAGAUCAAUCAUCUUUCAAUUUUUUCGCGGGUAAUCCCGAACAGCAGUCCCAACAGGGAUCAUCAGACGGUUCCUUCACGCUCUUAAAUCCAGACACGCCGAACCCAUAGUCUUAAGGCUGUACGGUCUUGUGGAAAUAGUAAUGAUGAAUUCGGACGAAGUAUCAGAUACCCGGUGAUGAGCCCAUUAUGUCUCGAUACGGCUAAGAGUAUAGCAUCUAUGAGUUUUAAGACUAUUAGGGGAUAUAUAAAAAUUACCAAACUUGGAGGAAAUUAUGGAGGAAAAUAUGUCCUUGUAUUUUACGACAACGGCCACAGCAUAUAGUUAUUGACUACAACUCUCCUCCGG